AUGGCAAAGUAUGGUUGCCAAGAGUAUUGUGGACACGUCCUCAUCCCAUACCCUUUUGGACUUGGAUCUAACAAAGAUUGCUACUUAGACGACUGGUUUGAAAUCGAGUGCCACAACCUGUCUUCUAAAACUACCAGCUCUGCUCCUCAUUACAAGCCUUUUUUGAAGCGAGCCCAACUGGAGGUGCUGAAUAUUUCUAUUAGAGGCACGCUUCAGGUGAACAGCCCUGUUACCUUCUUCUGCAACAGAACUGGAAGUAGCCAAGUGGCCAAUUUGACCGACAGCCCUUUCGUCUACUCUCAGGAAUAUAACAGAUUCACUGCAGUUAGCUGCGGCUUCCUUGCCGGGAUGGAAUCAGCAGAGUUUGUGGUUGGUGGCUGCAGGUCAGUUUGUGAUCAUCAAAAGUCUGCUUCCUGUGAUAUUGGUAUCAACUGCUGCCAGACUACCAUUCCUCCUUAUCUCACUGUGAUGGGCGCUUCCAUUCUAUACCAAGGCGAAAGUCGAGACCCCAAUUGCAACGACUAUGCGUUUCUGGUUGACAAGGAUUGGUUUGAGAAAUCAUCUUCUGCUCGCGCAGUCAAGAGUAGAAGGCACGUUCCUGUGGUGCUAGAAUGGAAUAUAAUCAACUCUACUUCUUCACUAGAAUUAUUUGGACGCUACGUUACAGAGAAUUUUGAUCCUUAUUAUUCUAAUUAUUAUAAUUAUAGCCCUGAACCCCACUGCUAUAUCUACACUUCGGAUUCCAACAAUCGCUCAACGCUUUAUUGUUACUGCCCAGACGGCUUUGUAGGAAAUCCCUAUCUUCUUGGAAGUUGUCAAG